AUGCACUUCAUCGCGAAGUCUGCCUCCGCGAAGUGCUGUCUGCAGAUCCUGCUAGCUCGACCUGGCAUGUCCUUCCUCUUCAUGACAUGGAGCCACUUCUUCAAAAGUUGUGGGUCCUUGGGCAGCCGAUGGUAGUUUACCGAGGGAUUGUUUUGGAGCCAAUUCAUACAGCCUGGCGCUAUACAAUUCAUGUUUGAAUUACUACUUGUUGUUGCCAUCUUCGUUGUCCGCACCUAACCUCACUUUCUUCGAUUCACUCCACGCGAAAACUCAAUACCACAGACAAUUUGAUGAUUCCUGCCAGUGACGCACUGGCAUCAGUCGUUACUAUGGUAAUUUAAAAUGGCGCUGAACAUAGCUCAAAUAAACCUUGUUGACGAUCAAAAUACGAAAUAUAGAGAUGUUUUAUGUUAAAUGCACAUGUUUAGUAUUAGUGGUAUGAAAUACAUCUCUUUGCUUAGAUUUACUUAGGUUAGGUUAGGUUAGGUUAGGGUUUAGAGUAGCCCAAGAUGCACUCUUAAGGAGCCUACCAUUACUCCUUAUGGUCCAAGGACCUUAUGAUAUCUUCAGAGGUAGACUGGCUCUGGCAGCCAAAACAGCCAAAUACUCCAUCUAAACAUGAAUCGAUUCUAAAUUGCAAUAUGGUUCUAGAAACAUAAAGCUCUUUGUUUUUACAUUACAUCAAAAUAAUUUCGCAAAUGCAAAAUAUAUACUUACUUUACACUGUUUUAACCAGUUGCAGCCGACAGUAUUUUUCAGUGACACGUUUCUGGAGGUCUUCUUCUUCUCUGAUAUAAUGGCAUUCAGAAAUUUUCAGAAGGCUAUACCGCUAAUACAGGACUAGUAAAGGCCCAGUGCACUACUUUAGUGUUAUAUAUAUAUAUAUAUUAUUAUUUUUCUUCAGAUUUUUCAGGGGGUGCUGCAGCACCCCCAGCACCCCUACUUCAUGUGGCUAUGACCGCAAGCGAUGCGUGUUAAUGUUCAGAUCAAGUAUUUGUGCUCUUAACAAAACGCCCCCAUACAGAAGACGCGUUCGUCCAAUGAUUCUUAUGUGUAAUGUAAUGGAACAGAUAGCCAUGAUCAAGGGCUAGGUUUAGGGUAGGUACGUCUCAAGGAUUCCAAAUAGCACUAUCCAUAGCCUCUCUCCGGGCAACGUCAGUUAAAGCUGUGCGCCUGCGUACGGUAGUCCCAUGUGUUUUCGUGUAUACAUGCAUUAACAAGUUGAACGCUACCUAGCUAUUACAACUGGAGCUGUGGCUUCUACAGACAUACAUGCAUACCAGGGGAAAUAUGGAGGGUGAGUAUCCUAACCUUUCUUUUCUAAACUAACUGUUACUCACAUGGAUCCAUUCGUUGUUCAUAAUUUAAAGAUUAGCUAGCUACACGUUUAGCUAACGUUGGCUACUUAGCAUAUGUGUUGUUCCUAGCUACAUCUCACAAUAUUUGGUAAAAUGCUGACUGAUAACAUAACAUUUGUUCUCUUAUCUUCUAGGACUCGUGCAGGCUAGCCUACCUCCUGAUCAGGGACACAUUCUGGGGAUAGUGGUGGGUAUCCUACUGUACUAAUGUAAUACUGAUGUGUUAGCUACCAUUAUGUAGCCAGGAAGUAGGUUGGACACGAAAACCUGAGACAGGCAUUUAUAAAGCCUUCCACUGCAGCAAGGUAGUCUGCUGUUAGGAUCUAGCUAACAGUCACUCUUUCAAAUAUUCACCAUUAUAAACUGGGUGGUUUGAGCCUUGAAUUCUGAUUGGCUGAAAGCUGUGGUAUAUCAGAACGUAUACCACGGGUAUGACAAAUUAUUUAUUUUUACUGCUCUAAUUGCGUUGGUAACCAGUUUAUAAUAGCAAUAAGGCACCUCGGGGGUUUGUGGUAUAUGGCCAGUAUACCACGGCUAAGGGCUGUAUCCAGGCACUCCGCUUUGUGUCCUGCUUAAGAACAGUCCUUAGCCAUGGUAUGUUGGCCAUAUACCACACCCCCUAGACCCUUAUUGCUAAAUUAUACAAGUGUGGGUCUAAUCGUGAAUGCUGAUUUGUUAAAACCACAUUUCAGCCAGUGUCUAUUCCACAAAUUACCACCGGCUAAAUCUAUGACAUUAAAAUGCCUAUUUACUCUGUUCCAUCUGACUGCACAAUCCAAUGUCUCAUCAGUCCAGCCAGGCAAUUUAUAAACUUGAUCUCCACUAUAAAAAACAACUAGACAUUUCUUUUAGACUAACAUUUAGUUUUCAACAGCGGAGAUUUUUAUACACCUUGCUGUCUGGCUCUCCGGCAUUUACAACAUUGUUUCAAUAUUCAAAUUCGAUCUCCAGCUGUCCCAUAGUAAUGAACGUGUCAUGAGUAGGGACUAGACAGGCAGGCAGGCAGUGUUUCUUAGCCAGUCGAAAUCAUUAAUCACCUGGCAUCAUUUUUAUGGAUAUAAACAAAGAAAUGUCAAUUGAAAAAAAAGGUAAAACGAAGUGCAGCUAGUUUGCAGUCUUUCCAGCUUCAGUUUGAAGUGAUUGUGUUAGCUGUGUUGUUGGCUAGCUCCUCUGAACAACGUUGUCCUGACUAGUGAGCACAUUUUCUAUGCUAGGUGAAAUCACGCCUCCAUUAGCUCAUUUUUACAGAUGUAUCCAAAUAAAUGUCACUAGAAAACAGCUUAAACAAAUGCAAAUUGCAGCUACUUUGCUGUUAUUCUGGCUGCACUUUUUGACGUGACUGUAAGUUAGCCAUAGUUUGCUAGCUAGCAAGCAAGGGAUAAGAACGUUGCCAGCCAGUAUGGCAAUGGAACAUUUAGAACGAACGACUGGGUCAUGUCCAUAGAUACAGGACAAAAAGACUGAACGACUGGGUCACUUCUCUGGCAACUGAACCGAUAGAACGAACGACCAGCCGGUUUAGGUAGCAACCCUAGAUUUGUGUCGGGACUACAUCUUGUGGAAGGAUGUAAUAGUAUGAAUCAAUUCAUAAAAUAACAUUUUUAAUGAAAAUAUGUCGAUCAUUAUUUGAAUAUGUUGGUAACCCGUUGUAUAAAAGUGAUAAUGCCUUCGAAGCCGGUGUUUGGAGGAUAUAUUGGCACGGUUUGCCGGCCCUCAGCGAAUAUAUCCUCCAAACACCGGCUUCUCGGGCAUUACCAUUAUCACUUAAAUAUGCCAUCACAUAGCCUAACUGUUUUCAGUUGUGCAGACAAGAUAGCCUAACUAGUGUUGGUGAAACCAUAAGGAGAGGAAGUACAAAACCAACGACGCUAGACAGAGAGGAAUAUGCUUAAGCAAAAGGCAGUUUAUUAAACACAGAGAUAGCUGGUACUGCUCAAGCUACAUGCAUGGGCCCAAUGCAUGGACCCAAUCAAUUGCCUCUUAUGGAGACAGUUGAGAAGGAUCAAAAACAGAGUUUACAGCAUUACUUUAUACAAUGUAACAUAGAGGAAAGGGGUCCUUCUUCUAGUCCCUUGAUUGGUUCCCGAGGCGUAGGAGGCGGGUCUGCUCUGUCCAGAGCAGAAGCCCCAUUGGUGCACGGCAGAGUCCUCUGCCCUUGGCACCCGACCAGUAGAAAGAAGUGCAGUUUGUGUGUGUGUGCGUCCACAGAGCAAAGAACUCGGGAGGCAUGAGAAUGAGUGUGCGUAUGCAUGGAGAUGUGUGUGUGAAUGUGUAUGUCUCAAGGGAAAAACUCGUGGGGAGCAAUCAGUGAUUGUGGCCUGUGGCGUGGGUGUUGUCCUUGACAAGAUAUGGUCCUCUGUCCAUUGUUCUUGCAUAGGAACAGCAUUGAUUGAAAACAAACGCCUAACACAAAAUGGGUCAUGCACAAGAUUUUAGUCAGACCAAGCUAUAACAUUUUAUAUUUACUACGACACUAGCCUGUUAGUUAUAAUUGUCUCAUGAUGGGAUAUGUCUGUUCUGGUGCCCAUACAGUCUCAGAGUGAUAAGCAGGCAGAGACGUUCACAAAUGGCUUUCUGAAGAACAGUUUACCGGGUAUGAGCGAGAAGGAAAUCGGCGACUUCAUGUUUCGCAAAGCUGUGGUUCUAAAGUAUGCUAAAAAUAAAAAGGAGAAGAAGAAAAAGAAGAGAACUAAGGGUCUCAAUGCAAAACAGAGGAGGGAGAUGAAGGUCUUUCAGCUGAAACCAGAGCAUCAAAAGUUUGUACAUACUUUUUCCUUGUAGUAGGACUAAAUAUGUUGUUUAUCAUCUACUGCUCUGACAUGUAAGGCUUUUUUUCACACGCUUAUUAUUAUUUUUUAUCUCUGUAGAUAUGAGCUUUUCUUGCCUUUGCAUGAGCUAUGGAAACAGUACAUCAGAGAUCUGUGCAACGGAUUGAAACCAGAGAGGUAAGAAAUGCAUUGUAUUUGGCUCAUGUAGGACAAAGCUUUUUGUAUGUUCUGCCUUUUGUUUGGCUAGAAUGUUAGAUCCUAAUGAAAUUAAAUGUAUGUUGAAGCAACCCACAGACAAUUCAGCAGAGGCUUUUGAAGGCUGAUUUUCAUGGUGCCAUUCUUACAGGUUAGAGCUUGUUUAUUUGGUCAAAACACUUUAGCUGUUACUGUCACUAAUCGAUGCCAGUCUUCAGGACCUUAAUUAGCACAUCUAUGUCACAUUGUAUAUAAUCAUGUCUAUGUAAUCAUCACCAAUGUUUUUGGGUGUGUGAAACAGUGGCCAGGUCCAAAUGCCCCUCGUAUGUAGGCACCACAGGAAUCCUAGUGCAGGAGAUGAAACGUCUUCAAAAUCAUCACAAAGGAGGACAAACUGAAAGGUUUGUACGCCAUAUUUCAGUACUGCUGUUAUUGAACUGUUUUUCAAUUGCCAAACUGCCAUUCUAUUUACUUCCUUAUCUCUCUCCUUCUUCUGCAGUCAUACCCAAGCGAAACAGCGUGUUUGCCCUGGAGAUCGAUGGCUUUGUCUCCCAUAUCUACGGUAGCAAGUUUGAACUCCGCUCAAGCGAACGAUCAGCAAAGACAUUUAAAGUCAAAGGAACCAUAGACCUGUGAUGGUGUUGAUAGAGUACAGGACCGCCUAUGCAAAUGACAAUGAUGAGUGAUGACCUGACCUGCAGGUGGAGAAAUGAGACUGAGCUCUGAGACUCAAAGGACAGAGGAUCUAUAAUAAGGAAUCACACCAUCUUCAAUUCUUAUUUUCAAGUCAUACGGGAACCUCAGCAUCUGUUUUGGAUGCAAGCCCUGUUCUAUAGCAUUUCAUACAGUGGCAAAAACAAAGACCUGACAGACUCAAAGCAAUCAAAAGUUUGUUGUGAUUAGAGAACAUUUGUGUUGGUAUUUUCCUUUUUUGUAAACGUAUCCAUUGAU